CUGUCUCCUGAAGGAAUGGUUUGGUUCCUGUGUGGUCCUGAAAACAGCAUCGUAUCUCAAGACAAACUGUUGCUGUACCAAGAUAUGAACCAUCCACUCUCCCACUAUUUCAUCAGCUCAUCCCACAACACUUAUCUAACAGCUGGACAGUUUUCUGGAAUCUCAUCUCCUGAAAUGUAUCGCCAAACUCUCUUGGCUGGUUGUCGUUGUGUGGAACUUGAUUGCUGGAAGGGACGUCCUCCAGAUGAGGAACCUAUCAUCACCCACGGGUACACUAUGACAACUGAAAUACUGUUUAAGGAUGCAGUUGAGGCUAUUGCAGAAAGCGCUUUUAAAACCUCUCCCUACCCCGUAAUCCUGUCUUUUGAGAACCAUGUGGAUUUGCCUAAGCAGCAAGCAAAGAUGGCUGAGUACUGCAGGACCAUCUUUGGAGACAUGUUACUGACCGAACCCCUGGAAAAAUAUCCACUGAAACCAGGAGUUCCACUUCCAAGUCCUCAGGAUCUCAUGGGGAAGAUCUUGAUUAAGAACAAGAAGAACCAAUUCAUGCCUGGGGAAAACCAAGAUAUUCCGAAGAAGAGGAAGAGUUUGGAGGAUGAAGUCACAGACCAACCCCUACCUAUAGAAAAGGAUAGCACAGCCAAACCAAUUGAGGAGGAUGAAGAAGUUCCUGAAGGAGAGAGAAAUUUGGAAAACCUAAAUGAGGAAGAGAUUAAAAAGCUACAGUCUGAUGAGGGAACUGCAGGUCUGGAAGUGACUGCUUAUGAAGAAAUGUCCAGUCUGGUGAAUUACAUUCAACCCAUCAAAUUUGAAAGUUUUGAAAUUUCAGCACAGAAAAACCACAGUUAUGUCGUUUCCUCCUUCACUGAAUUAAAGGCUUAUGAGUUGUUGACCAGGUCACCCAUCCAGUUUAUUUUGAUGCCAGAGUUGGCUUCUCUCAGAAUUGUAGCUUUGGAAGAAGGUGGGAAGUUUAUUGGUCACCGGAUUAUCCCGGUUACUGCUGUGUGCUCUGGUUAUCAUCAUGUUUGCCUUCGUAAUGAGAGCAACCGGCCUCUUACAAUGCCCUCUCUAUUUGUCUAUGUGGAAAUGAAAGAUUAUGUUCCUGAUUCAUGGGCAGAUCUCACCAUGGCUUUAUCCAAUCCAAUAAAGUUUUUUAAUGCUCAUGAUAAAAAGAUGAAGAAUGCAGAUGCUAAUAAUGAGAAAUCCAUUUUGGAAAUGAAUCUUUCAGUCAACGGGAUACCUAACAUCAUAGGAAGUUAUUGCACUCCUUCAAAUGGCCCUGCAGGAACCUUGAUUACAUCAAAAGAAGGGACCAUGAAAGAAGCUGCAAAAUUAACUGCAGAGCCACAGACAGCCAGCAUUGAAGAGAUACAGCAGAUGAAAACUUUUGGGAAAGUCUUGAAAAAGCAAGAAAAGGAACUGAAGGAGCUGGAGCGGAAGAUGACAAAGCGCAAGGAAGAACUACUACAGAAAUACACCACUUUUUUCACUGAGGUGGUUAGCCAACUUGGCAGAAAAGAAAUGCCAUGCCCACCAAGAACUCCACGAAGAAAAAGUUGCAGGAUUGUUUUGGAUGAAAGCAGCAUGAAGGUAAAUGUUGCAGAGUUGACUGAGAAUGCUGAUAAUAAAAGGAUAGAGCUAAAAGAGAAGUUGGAGGAAGAACUACUCCACCUGGGAGAAGAACAGUAUGACACAAUCUGGAAGAAGAAAGAUCAGCAUGCCACAGAGAAAGUUGCUAAAAUGUUACAGCUUGCAAGAGAGAAGCAAGCGACUGAGCUGAAGGCACUAAAGGAGUCUUGGGAAAGCGACACUAAAGAAAUGAAAAAGAAAUUAGAGGUGAAGAGACUGGACAAAAUCCAAGCCGUGGCUAAGAAUGCUGAUAAGAGUGCUCAGGAAAGGUUAAAAAGAGAAAUCAAUAAUUCACAUAUUCAGGAAGUUGUAAAAGCAGUCAAGCAGAUGAAUGAGAAACAGUCAAGGCAUCAACAGGUCUUAGAAGCAAAGCAGUCAACCUGCCUUGGAAAAAUCAAGGAAAAAGAAAGCCAGCUCCAGCAGGAAGCAUUUGCCGAGUAUGAAAACAAGAUGAAAACUAUCAGCGCAGAAGUGCAAGAUUUAGUGAAGAACUGCAUGAAAGUCUGUUACCCUUUGGAAGCUGAAACAGCAAAGAGAGAGGCCCCUGGAGCUGCCGGUGAGGGAGAUCAAGGGCCAUGUGGGAACCUGGUGACCCCCGAGACUCUAAGAUAUGCAACUGAGGUGGUGAAGGAGGAUGCCAUCAUGGAUGAAGAAUCCACUGAUGCCCAGGACAGCAGAUUGUAAGACUCAGUGGAAGUCUUAUUUUAAAGUUCUU